UGGGCGCGGCGCCUGCGAGGAUUACGGCGGAGCUGUGGACCGCGGCGCCGCUCGCCGAGGCUGCAGCCAUUGCGCCGCCGAGCAUCCCACAUUCAACAGGAGGAGCCCGCGGGAGAGGAGCCGCGAGCACCUCGCGCCGCAGCCGCUGCAGCCCGUGCGCCCCGCGCCCCGCGCGCCAUGGCCAAGGAAGGCGUGGAGAAGGCGGAGGAGACGGAGCAAAUGAUCGAGAAGGAGCCCAGCAAGGAGCCGGCGGAGGGCGGCGGCGGCGAUGGCUCGCAUCGCCUCGGGGAUGCCCAGGAGAUGCGCGCCGUGGUGCUGGCCGGCUUCGGGGGGCUCAACAAGCUGCGGCUCUCCAGGAAGGCCAUGCCCGAGCCGCAGGACGGCGAGCUCAAGAUCCGCGUCAAAGCCUGUGGUUUGAACUUCAUUGACUUGAUGGUGCGACAAGGGAAUAUUGACAACCCUCCCAAGACUCCCCUGGUGCCCGGAUUCGAGUGCUCUGGGAUUGUGGAGGCCCUGGGAGACAGCGUGAAGGGAUACGAGAUCGGGGACCGCGUCAUGGCCUUUGUCAACUACAAUGCCUGGGCUGAGGUGGUCUGCACGCCAGUGGAAUUUGUCUACAAGAUCCCGGAUGACAUGAGCUUCUCCGAGGCCGCUGCGUUCCCCAUGAACUUCGUCACAGCCUACAUGAUGCUCUUUGAAGUGGCCAACCUGCGGGAGGGGAUGUCUGUGCUUGUGCACUCGGCUGGCGGUGGAGUGGGCCAAGCUGUGGCUCAGCUGUGCUCCACUGUACCCAACGUGACUGUCUUUGGAACGGCGUCUACUUUCAAGCAUGAAGCCAUCAAAGACUCGGUGACCCACCUCUUCGAUAGAAACGCAGACUACGUGCAAGAAGUCAAAAGAAUCUCUGCCGAAGGUGUGGACAUCGUCUUGGACUGUCUGUGCGGGGACAACACUGGGAAAGGCCUCAGCCUUCUCAAACCCCUGGGAACCUACAUUUUAUAUGGUUCGUCCAACAUGGUGACUGGAGAGACCAAGAGCUUCUUCAGCUUUGCUAAAUCAUGGUGGCAGGUGGAGAAAGUGAACCCCAUCAAGCUGUACGAAGAGAACAAAGUCAUCGCGGGGUUUUCCCUCUUACACCUGCUCUUCAAACAGGGCCGAGCGGGCCUCGUUCGCGGUGUGGUGGAGAGACUCAUAAGCCUGUACAGCCAGAAGAAGAUCAAGCCGGUGGUGGACUCCUUGUGGGCCCUGGAGGAGGUGAAGGAGGCCAUGCAGCGGAUCCACGAUCGAGGGAAUAUUGGGAAGUUAAUUCUGGAUGUGGAAAAGACCCCGACUCCAUUGAUGGCCAAUGACAGCACAGAGACCAGCGAGGCCGGGGAAGAGGAGGAGGACCACGAGGGGGACAGUGAGAACAAGGAGCGGAUGCCCUUCAUCCAGUAAGCCAGGACCCAGGCAGGAGAAGGCGAAGGACGGUUUGGAAGAAGAGGACCACCGCCAACCUCUUCUCCGCCCCCGUGAACACGUGCUGUAGUCCAGUGUGUCGUGUUUGUCUGCAGUCAGCCGAGCUCAGAAGCUAUUGAUCGCUGUUGUUUUUUGGAAUUAAGUGCCAAGCCCAUUCCACGCAGUAUUAUGUCCCUUCCCGAUCUGUGUGUCACACGCUCCCCUCUCCCCUGUAUCCAAGCCAUCCAUCUACAGGUCCUUCCUGAUGGUUCUAGAAUAGCCUUGCAAACAGCCCACAGGCCUGACACCUGAGAGACCAGAUGUGGGCAAGGACGACGAGAAGACAAGUUUGGACUGAGAGGUAUUGUCACAGAGAGCUGUCCAGGUCCUAGCACUCUUUGGGCCAGUGACACGCUUUGCCACCGGCCACCCGUGCCUCUGAUCAGAGCACUCGCCAGUUUGGCCGGGGGAAAGAGGGUAGGCCAGAAGACAUCCUCAUGAGCCCGUACUCUUAAAAGCUCUCCAACAGUUCUUUUUCUCUCUUCCCUUGAAGAGCCAACUUCCUGACACCCAUCCCCCUGUCUUAAGGCCAGAAGGUCCAAGCCACUCUCCUCUAAGCUGCCGACACUGGUUCUCAUUCAUAAACCCAGGGAGGCAGGUCUGGAUUUUUCAGGAUAGAAAAAAAUGGGUCAUCAGCUUGUGCUGGAGGACCAGCCAUAGAGAUUUCUCCUCUGAUGCCCCGUCCCGUGAGCCUAAGCCACGUAUGUUGUAAGAACACCCACCACGCUUAGGACUAAUUCAAUGUCAUUCUGAGAUUCCACCAUGUUUGCAGGCUUGCCAUCAACAUUACCAAUUUUUUAAAAUUUUCCAUUCCUGGUAGCAAGCAACCCCCCUCCCCAGGGAAGGGCUCCCUUGCAGACCUUAUUUGGAAAACUCAGUGUCUCUCCUGUCUUGCUGAAGCAUGUUCCGACAAGUAACAACUCUAGUGAUGCCAAAUGUGUGGUUCCUACCCUCUGAUACCCAACCAUGGUGCCGAUCCUGCAGGGCCCUGCUCCUCAGAAACCAGGGACCAAACUGCUAGAUUCCCUGCUAUCCCCUGAUAUCUGUCCAGCUGCCAGCCCCCCAACUCCUUAAAAGCCCCUCCCACUACCUGCCCGUGUGACUGGACUUGAGAGGUGAACACACGUGCCCUGGGGAAGGGCCUCCCCACUCCUUCCUUCUGGUCCUUUUUGGCCCAGUGAUUAAUCUGUCACUCACGAACCAUGCUAGAAACACAAGGAGCCCAGGCAAGUAGCACCCCAAUAGGUUUUGCUUUAUGGAAGACCUAAGAGGGUUCCCACGUGCCCAAUGAUUAGGAACCCAACUUCCUUUGCAUGGGGGGAAACCUAAGAGUCCAUGCUUCACCCAGUUCUUCCACCAACACACUUGACAGUGGACCCACCUCUUCCCCGGAGUGACGGGAAUGGAUGCGUUUCAACCAUUACUUGCUUAGUUUCCCAAGUUUCUUUGUAACAAAUGUCACCUCAUUCAUCGUGUUGUUUUUCCUGUCCUCAGCUUGUGAUGAUGACUUAUUUAUGCCAAAUAUCUAUCUGGAAGGGGUCUCUCCUCGUUGUGAACGUCUGUAAACCAUGAAGGCAGGAAAGGGUGUGGCCGUCUGAGAAGCCAAGGGAUGAGAGUGUCCCGAGAGAGGACGCCCGAGCCAUCUUCUCUUCCUGCCCCUGGACGCGGCAGUAGCCAGUUGGGCCAUCCUGAGAUGGGGGGGUUCAUCUCCCUUUUUCUAGACACUAUUACUGGUCAGUCAUGUUUCCCCCAUAGCUGUGCUGAAGGGGCUUCUAAGGGACCACUAUCUAAGUGACAUUCCCAGGAGGCAGGGCAAAAUGGCGUUCCCUAGGGCUGGAAGAGCUGGCCCUAAGAGGGCUGUCCUCCAGGGGUGAGGGAACCUGGCCCCAUUUGGAAUCCAGAUGUCCCUUGUUGUAUCCAAAAGAGAAGCAGGGCAGUCACCCCGUCCCACACUGUUCUUUUAGCCGGUGAAGCGAGUCCAGCCUCACUGGCCACACCUGUUGGUUAAACCCUGUCCUCUCAGGAUGCGGAGUGAGGAAGCUGGAGAUUGACCGUAAUGUCAGUGUCUGCCAUGAAGAAUGGGGGGCAACAUGUGGUCGUUCCAUGGACUCUCAUUUUAAGCACCUCCUUCCCGUCUCCUGGUUGUGUUUCUGAAGGAAUUGUGAGGAACGUCUCGGUUUGCCUUAAAGGAACCGCGAAGGCUUCUCCUCCGUUAAGCUUGGUUGGAGUGAACUGAAACAUCGUCCAAUGUGUUUGUGGCUUUAGAGCUUUUGUUAUAUUGUGCCUACAAAGCAAAUUAUGUUUACAUAAAAAUAUAAAUAAAGUAUUCAGCAUAG